ACAAGAGGUAAUACCUCCAGUAAAGAAAGUGGGUUUGCUGAUUGUAAAGUUGCACGGGCAGGUUGGCAGUUCUAUCAUCACGCCAUGCGCUUUGUAGGUUAAACAGAGGCACGCAUUUACAGUCUUACGAAAUAUUUUUCGGUUUCGCAAAUGCUUCAGACGGCCGUAUAAUGCAAGACGCAUUUUGUAACGCGACCAUCAAAGCGUACGCUGCUUAGUUCCAUACUUACACUCGUUCGAUUCAAACGUGUUUCGUGGAGUUAAUUUACAGAAAUAUCGAGAAAAAAAUCAUAAAGUAUACGCGAUGUCUUCCGAAGGAUAUUCAGCGGAGGAGGUGGAUUCGAUGCCGGAUCGCAUAGCGGCCAGCUUCAGUAACAUGACGGUCUUGAUCACCGGAGGAACGGGUUUCAUGGGAAAGGUCCUGGUGGAGAAAUUGCUAAGGAAAUGCGACGAUGUGAAGAAGAUAAUACUCCUGGUCCGACCGAAGAAGUCGAAAAACCCGAAACAGAGACUAGAAGAAAUGUUUAAUGGAGAGCUCUUCGAACAAGUCCGGAAUAUGCGCGGAGGUGUUCAGGGACUCCUGAAGAAGGUCUGCUUGGUGAGCGGCGAUGCCAGCGCUCCCGAUCUGGCCAUCAGUCCAGAAGACAGACAGAGCUUGGUUGAGAAUGUGGAUAUUAUAAUUCACGCAGCUGCAACUAUAAGGUUCGACGAAGAAUUAAAAAAGGCAGUACUCCUGAACGUAAGAGGUACUAAGCUGAUGGUGGAACUGGCGAAGGAGUGUAAGAAAUUGCAGCUUUUCAUCCAUAUCUCAACAUCAUACUGUCAUCUCCAUGAGAAACUUCUAGAGGAGAAGCCAUAUCCUCCGCCAGCGGACCCUCACCAGGUCAUCCAAGCUGUGGAAUGGAUGGACGAGGAAACAAUCGCUGCUAUGACUCCCAAAAUCCUCAACAAGUUGCCGAAUUCGUAUGCUUUCACGAAAGCACUCGGCGAAGCUCUGGCGGUCGAAGCCAUGGAUCACAUUCCGGUGAUGAUUCUGAGACCAUCAAUUGUGAUCCCAAUCUGGCAGGAACCGAUUCCAGGGUGGACCGACAACAUCAAUGGACCGACAGGAUUAUUAAUAGGCGCCGGGAAGGGAGUCAUUCGAAGCAUGUAUUGCAAGAGCAAUAGCUACGCCGACUAUUUACCUGUCGACGUAUUUAUAAACGGAAUCAUGAUCGGAGUUUGGAACUAUAUUCACUACGGAGACAAAAAAUCGAGCGUUAUCAAUUUCACUUCGUCGGCCGAGAUCAAAGUUACGUGGUCGGAGAUGAUUGAUGCUGGACGAGAGAUCAUCAUGAACAGGGUCCCGCUGAACGGAGUCGUGUGGUACCCGGGCGGUUCAAUGAAACACUCCAGGCUGUACCACAACAUCUGCGUGUUCUUCUUCCACUGGAUUCCGGCUGUUUUCAUCGAUAUACUGCUCUUCUGUCUCGGCUAUAAGCCAGUAUUGAUGCGCGUCCAGCGCCGCAUAAACAAGGGAUUCGAAGUUUUCGAAUACUACACGAACAACCAGUGGGACUUCAAAUCUGACAUCGCGCAGACAGUCCGACAAAGGUUAAACACGAGAGAACGGAGGGACUACAAAGUGGACGCUGGCGGUCUUGACAUCUCCAAAUACUUUGAAGACUGCAUAAGAGCUGCCCGCAUUUAUAUCCUGAAAGAAUACGACGAUACAUUGCCGGCUGCGAGGAGACAUAUGAAAGUGAUGUGGUUCGUCGACCUGGUCACGCGGUGUCUCUUCUGGGGCUUCGUGUUUUACUGGCUCUACAGUUGGACGACGUCGUUCGGCUCAAGCGCGACCACCUCAAACGUCUUCCCGGCCGCGGUUGUGAUGGAAUCAUAAAGCUUUAAUUUGCGACUGAAGCGAGAGUCUGACUCCGAGUAUUAACAAUCGAAAUAGUUUUCUAAUUAGAGUAGAAGAAUUCGUUAGUUUUUCACGAGGGAUCCACGACUCGUAGCUGCCUUAGGGAUUUUUAGGAACCACAAUGUGGCGGCAUCUAUUGGCAGAUAAACGAAACUACAAAAACAUAAUUGAAAAUAAAUCUUCCAGAUAAGUCCCUACAGCUGAAGUUUUGCUGCACACAAUCACUUGCUCCGGCUUGAAAGGUGGACCCGUCUUUGUAAAAUACAUUCUCAUGGUGAAAAAUAUUUCAUUUACUGUAAAAACAGAGCUUACUAAGCAAAAAAUCGAUAAACAAUUUGAUUAACCUUAUUAAAAUAUAGGCAUAGGUAAUAAUUAUAACUUUGUGAAUACUUGCCAUUAGUAAGCUUAUAGUUUUUUACAACUCUGAAACUUGCCCCUGAAACUAACCUACUGUUUUAUUUUUAAGUAUAAUAGAUUUUUAAACCACAUACUUAUAUAAUAUACGCAGAUUCAAAGAGUUUUCAUUGGCAUUAAAAUUUAAAAAGUACCCUUGUUAAUAGAUGGCGCUGUACUAGAAAUUUUUACGCAACGAAUUCCAUCUUAUAAACAACAUUAAUGUUUCUCUGUAGGGGUAAAAAAUAAAGCAAUAAGACAAUAGAACUAGCUGUCUGGAUAGUUCAGUUAUUUUUGUUUAACUACAAACGUAAAAUGAUGGUGAAGGAAGUUGACUUUAGUAUUAAACAAUAAAAUUAUCUUAGUGUUAAUUAAGAUAGAUUGUUACUGUAAUAAAGACGAAAUAUAUCUGUGGCGUAUUGUAGAUAAUUAUUAUAUUUUUAUAAAAUUUUUGAUAUUUUUUUUGUAGUCAAUCAAAAACUGUUUACACAGCCUGUAAAUAAACAUUGCCAAGCCGUCGCUAAGAUAAUGCAUCUUUAUUUCAAUUUUUUUUCUUUUGACCUGCACAUGUGAUAUUGCACGUGCUAGGCCUUUGCUUACACCCUCCAUCUCAUAGUCUGUCUUUCUCCGUCUUAGUGAACAUUAAGUAACGCAAAAAUAUUUACAUAUAGAUAGAUUAUUAACUUAAAAUUCAAUUUUAUAAGCAUCCUGAGAACUUAGAACUCAGUCUCAAGAUGAGUGGCCGCAUUUACGUUGUAGAUGUCUAUGGGCUCCGGUAACAACUUAACACCGGGUGGGCCGUGAGCUCGUCCAGCCAGCUAUGCAAUAAAAAAAGGAAUGUUGACUUGAAAUAUUAUACUAGGUUAGGUCAGACUUAUAAAAACAAAUAAAAGAUCUUUUAUAAAA